AUGACCUCCUCACCGACCAGGCGCAUCCGGCUUGUGCGUCUCGCCCACGUGUACUACUCACAUCGCGAUAUAGCGAAAGCUCACCAGUUUCUCAAAGACUUUGGCUUUGAAGAAACGGCCAACCAUGGCAAAAAGACUUAUUACCGGGGAACUGGCACUGAGCCUUUCGUUUACUGCGCUGUCGCAGGUGCAGAAGACUCCUUCGGCGGAGCGGCGUUCGUGGUCGAAAGCUUCGAUGAUCUGACUUAUGCAGCGGAUACACUACCGAAUGCUACAUCAGUCACCAAGAUGGACAGUGAGCCUGGCGGUGGUUAUAGAGUUACGUUCUACGAUCCAGUGGAUAAGUUUCCCUUUCACCUUGUCUACGGACAGAAGGAAGUAGAACCACUUCCCAAGUCUCUACCGGAGAGAGUACUCAAUUUUCCAACAACCAAGAAUCGCGCAGGGAAUGAGUUUCAGAGAUUCGAGAAGGGUCCUGCGCCUGUCCACAAAAUGGGCCACUUUGGCAUGGUCCUUGUCUACAACGAUAGUGGUCAGGACAUCACAACUUUCCUGCAUCUCGAUCGCGGAAAAGAGCUGGUAGACCAUCACUGCUUUUUCUUCUUCGAGGGGCCAAAGAGUCAUGUCCAUCACUCAUCAUACGAGACGCAUGAUUUUGACACCCAACUUCUUGGACAUCAUUGGCUUCGUGAGAAGGGAUAUGAGAACUGCUGGGGAGUAGGGCGUCAUGUCAUGGGAAGCCAGAUCUUUGACUACUGGUUUGAUACGUCGGGCUUCAUCAUGGAGCAUUACGUUGAUGGUGAUCUGGUUGAUGAGACAUACCCGACAAACCGACAGAAGGCAUCACCUGAUAAUCUGCAUGUUUGGGGCCCGGAUGUCCCACCAACAUUUCUGUCCUGA